AUGUCCGCCCUCGAGCUUGUCGCCGACUUCCAAAACCAACGAACAACCUUCCUCUCCUGGUUCGCAGAACAAUCCCGUCUCAUCAGACAUCAACCGAAGUCCGACACCGUUGCCGAAGUGAAAGCCAACCUCCGCGAACACGGCUGUGAACACCUAAAUCGACUGGUGAGAGCUGCUAUUGUGAUGGCAUCUGAGGCAAGCGACCAUAUCUGUGUGACAGCAAAACCACCUGGGUUCUACGACGUUGAGGUUCCGAAAAUGUGCAAAGCGCUUCAGCUCAGACUGCCCCAGUUGGCUGCGAGACUUGGGAUCAAUCCUAAAUGCGACAUGUGUGUUCAUUUCAUUAUUGAGAAUAUUCUGUUGGAGCCGGGGUUCUAG